AUGGUAAUGGAUCUCAAAACAAUUAAACUAGACAUGUAUGAGCUCAUAACUGAGUUUGCUCACUCAUACACUCGCAUUUGUGUGGAAGGUGAUAUUGGUGUUGCUCUGGUGUUGAUUGGGUGUUGUUGCUGGCGUUGUUUCGGUUUCUCUGGUGGCAGUGGAGUUCCUCUUUUCCCUACUCACACUCAGUUUGAAGGGGAAGAUCCUUGUUUGGCUACCAGUGUGGGAUCUCUCCAGCUGUGGCUUAUUCCUAUUCCUCAUUUGGAUAAGGCCAAUGGGUUAGAACCACAUCUGAUUAAGCCUAACUCCACGAAGUCCAGUCAAGCAACCCAUUUAGACUGUGUUUGUCGAUGGCUUGGUUUGGUAUUGUGUUGUGUUGCUUCUACUGUUGAUGAAGUUGACGGUGUUCGAAUGGUUGUUGCCAUGAUUCGGGGUGAUAUUGGUGUUGCUCUGGUGUUGAUUGGGUGUUGUUGCUGGCGUUGUUUCGGUUUCUCUGGUGGCAGUGGAGUUCCUCUUUUCCCUACUCACACUCAGUUUGAAGGGGAAGAUCCUUGUUUGGCUACCAGUGUGGGAUCUCUCCAGCUGUGGCUUAUUCCUAUUCCUCAUUUGGAUAAGGCCAAUGGUGGAGUUCCUCUUUUCCCUACUCACACUCAGUUUGAAGGGGAAGAUCCUUGUUUGGCUACCAGUGUGGGAUCUCUCCAGCUGUGGCUUAUUCCUAUUCCUCAUUUGGAUAAGGCCAAUGGGUUAGAACCACAUCUGAUUAAGCCUAACUCCACGAAGUCCAGUCAAGCAACCCAUUUAGACGUCCAGGCCCAGUCCAGCAGUUGAUCCUGUCAAACCAAACCGGUUCAGCUCAACUGAACCAGUUCAGUUCCUUUCCUUUCAACUGGUUCAGUUCAGACUCCGGUUCAGGCUGUCAGGGUGUCCUCUGGUCCGGUUCAGGAAGCUUCACCGCCGGUUCAAUCCACUGCAGGACGGUUUCUGCCUCGGUUCCCACCAGUUCAGCCUUUCCUAGGCCAGUUCUGCUUUCUUUUCCCCUGGUUCAGACCUCUUUGGGCUGGUUCAACAACUUCUCCUGCGGUUCCAACUGUUGUCCAGCCGG